UGCCUUUAUGGAUUUCCCAGUGAGCAGUGGGAGGUGACUUUACCUGUUGAGGAGGUGCCUCCGGAGCUUCCUGAACCUGCACUGGGUAUUAAUUUCGCCCAAGAUGGGAUGCAAGAAAAGGAUUGUCUAUCUUUGGUUGCUGUACACAGUGACUCUAGGUUAAUCUCUGUGGCUUUCUAUUUUGGUGUUAGGUUCAGGUUCGACAAAGCUCAUAGUUAUUUUUCUCCUCUACAAAGUGUUGUCUUAGCCUGAUCAGCAAAUCAUUCAGCACGAAGGGGGCUUUACUUAAAUUCGAGGUGCUGUUAGCUGGGUUGCGUAUGGCUUGACCAACAAGCAUGCUGUAUUUCUAGCUACAAUGUUUCCUCAUCAACACCGUUCUGUUAAUGUGAUUGCAGGAAACAACUUUUCAAUAUGAUAAAUGAUCUUCCGACAAUAUUCGAAGUCGUGAAAGGAGUGGCUAAGAAACAGAUGAAGGAGGGAUCGUUGGUUUCAAAUCAUAGCAGCAACAAAUCUAAAUCAAACUCCAAGCGAGGCUCCAAAUCCCAGCCGAAAUAUUCAAAGGCAAUGCCGUUGAAGGAUGAUGAUGAUAAUUUGGUUGAAGACAAAGAGCAUGGAGAGACAUUAUGUGGGGGUUGCGGAGAGAAUUAUGAAGCCGAUGAAUUCUGGAUUUGCUGUGAUAUGUGUGAGAAAUGGUUCCAUGGGAAGUGUGUUAAGAUUACAGCAGCAAAGACAGCAUAUUAAGCAGUACAAAUGCCCAUCGUGAAGAAACAAGAGAGCAAGACCUUGAUGCAAGCUCUGGUCAGGUGGAUAGUAGUUUCGAAUCGCCCUGGUUGCACAAGGAUGUUAUCUUAAAUAUGUCAUGGUCUUUGGUG